AUCUCAGAAAUAUUAUAUAUUUUAUUGUACUAUGCACACAAAGUUAACUUUUGUGACUAGUACAAACUAAGACUUUAGACACCGUUUACGCGGAUACUCAUCCAUUGCAGUGGGUGGCGUUAUUUUUCUAACACAAACAUGAAGAUACACGCACCCGGUGCACAUUGGGUAGAGCCACUGUAGUGUCCGUCUCAGCGUCAGCUGCCAUUUUGAUCUAAAAUCCGAUCUGGGAGAUUUUACACUGCACACAUAUAUGGUGUGAAAUCAGAAAAUAUUCUCUGGUCUUUCCGUUAAGGCAAAAUGCUUUCUGCAGCCCAAUUACUCGAUGAGUUGAUGGGCCGAGAUAGAAACUUGGCCCCAGACGAAAAACGAUGCAACGUCCGCUGGGACCACGAGACAGUCUGCAGAUACUAUCUUUGUGGGUUCUGUCCAGCUGAAUUAUUUACAAACACACGGUCUGACUUGGGCCCCUGCGAAAAAAUCCACGAUGAAAAUCUUAGGAAAACGUAUGAGAAGAGCUCACGGUUCAUGAAGGAAGGCUAUGAGAGAGACUUCCUGCGCUACCUGCAGUCCCUAUUGGCUGAGGUGGAGAGGAGGAUCCGAAGAGGCCACGCCCGUCUGGCCCUCUCCCAGGCCCAACAGAAUGCAGGGGGACCUGGUCCAUCAGGCAAGAAUGAGGAGAAGGCAUUAGUUCUGACAGAGAAGAUUGAGGACCUGGUCAUGCAGAUUGAGGAGCUGGGCUCCGAGGGGAAGGUGGAGGAGGCCCAGGGCAUGAUGAAAUUGGUGGAGCAGCUCAAGGAGGAGAGGGAGCUGCUAAGCUCCACCCCAUCGACAAUUGAGAGCUUUGCGGCCCAGGAGAAGCAGAUGGAGGUUUGCGAGGUGUGCGGCGCCUUCCUCAUCGUGGGUGAUGCCCAGUCACGCGUGGACGACCACCUGAUGGGGAAGCAGCACAUGGGCUACGCCAAGAUCAAGUCCACUGUGGAGGAGCUCAAGGAGAAACUUCGCCGCCGCUCAGAGGACCCGGUGGGAGAGGACAAGGGCAAGAAGGAGAAGGAGGACAGGGAGCGAGAGAGAGAGGAAAGGGAGAAGGUCCGCAAAGAGGAGGAGGAGAAGGAGCGGGAGAAGGAGCGGGAGAAGGAGCGGGAGAAGGAACGGGAGAAGGAACGGGAGAGAGAGCGGGAGCGUGAGAGGGACCGUGACAGGGAGAGGGAGAGGCGAGGGAGACGGAGCCACUCCAACAGCCGCCACUCCAGCCGGACGUCUGACAGGAAGAGAAGUCGCUCCAGGGAGCGCCGGCGGUCCAGGAGCAAGGAGAGGGAGCGCAAAUGCACAAGGAGCCGAGACGGGGAAAGGGACCGAGACAGGGACCGGGACAGGAGUCGGCGUGGCGGCAGCCGCGAACGCUUUGACAGGAAGCGGCGCUCUCGCAGCCGCGAGAGGAAGAGGUCCCGCAGCUUGGAGCGCAAGACUCACCAGCGCAGCGGUCAGCGCAGCCGCAGCAGGGACAGAGACAAGGAGAGGUCGUCCAGGGACAAAGACCGCAAGGACACAGAGGAGAAGCGGAGUGGCGGUUCCAAGAAGGACAAGCCCUCCGACAGCCGCAGCAACAACGUCACUAAGGCCCCCUUGUCUGAGGCGGAGCCAGAGGCCGUAGCCAUGGAGAUGGAGGCUUCCUCCCCCCCGGCCCCCCAGCUGAACGGGCUGGCGGUGGCCCGCGAAGACCUCCAUUCUGAAGGUGACACUCAGUCCAAUUAAAACUGAUCUGAUAGGACCUCAGAUCAGGCUCAGGGGAAGCUGGGACAUCUGGAGUAGGAGUAAGAAGCCCUGAAGAAGACCCCUGUGCCCCCCUCCCCUCCCCCUGAAGCUUCCACGCCGCUGCUUAAAAAACAAGGUGAACCACACAGGCGUAGUGGCUAAUUAAAAAACAAAAGCAAAACUAUGAAAAACUGCAACUUGUUUAAAAUACAAUAGUUUCCGUUGUCUGUUUGGUCCUUUUUUGGAAGAUGACUUUAUAGGAUCCAGACCGGUUUGUUCAACUAUGUAUGUAUUACCUUCAAUGAUUUCUGCUAUGAACAUAGCUCUACCAAACGUGGGAAUACAUGACUUUUUUUGUUGUUGUUGUUGUUGUUGCAAUUCACAUUAUUCUUGUUUUCUCAGCAUUUUUGUCAAAUUAAUAAAAACAAUACUUGCUUGACUUGUUUGGUUUGCAAAUGUCAGGUCCCAGCUCACUUGUUGACAUAUUCUGUUUUUUUCCUGCUCUGGAAAAUCAGUUUGAAAAUUGCGUGUAAAAUGUUAGUCAGGGAAUUUUUUCCUCUCCACCCAGUCAGAGCUUUCGUUGACCUCUCUUCUUUUACUGAAAAUUAUACUGAAAACAUUUUGAUGAACAUUCACAUUCUGAGAAAUUAAUUGAGCUUUAUUUGUAUUUCCUUUUCUGGGGGUAGAAUUUUAAAAUCCCAUGUUUGUCUUGAUGAAUAAAAAGUUCAAACUUAA